GACGAAGUUUGAUUUAUGAGCCGGGCGCGGCUCCGCCUCCUUGUCAUAACCUUAUACCUGGUGCGCGCGCGCGACUCCCGCCGUCCUCCACCACCCGCCACCACCGCCCGGAGGCUCGCGGCUCGCGCUCAGUCCCGCGUCAGAUGGCGAGAGGUGAGCCCGUCUGUAUACCGCGUCCGAUCACACAGGCUCCGCGCGAGUGAGUACUCUACCACCGCCGGCGAUGCGAGGGCUGUGAGCCGCCAGCGCUACCACCGACCACCUACCAUCGACCGACCACCGGCCAGCAUGCCGCGCGUCAAGCCAGCCUGCGUCCGACGCGUCUCCAUCGGUGAUAGCUCGGGAUCCUGUUCAGAAGAGGAUAUAAAUAAUGUGUUACCCGAUGACGGAAGAGAUCGGCCUGAGGCACAUAUGUGCCCUCGCUGUCAUGAACAGUUCGAGAACCUACACGACUUCUUGUAUCACAAGAGGGUUUGUGAUGAAAAAGCAAUACAAAUGGGUGAAGAAAGAAUGCACUCUGAUCCCGAGGAUAUGGUAGUGUCGGGGGAUGAAGAAAUGGAUGGACCCAAUAAGCGGUUAGAUCAAGUAAGAAGGCAUCGGCAGGAUGCUGAAAAUAAUAACAGCCUAGAGGAUGGUGAAGCUGAGGUACCUGAAGCCGAUAUGCCCCCCGUAGGUCUUCCCUUCCCCGUAGCAGGCCAUGUUACUCUUGAAGCUCUUCAGAAUACAAAAGUAGCUGUUGCUCAAUUCGCUGCGACGGCAAUGGCUAAUAAUGCAAAUAAUGAAGCCGCUUUACAUGAGCUUGCCGUAUUACAAAGUACGCUAUUUACUCUACAGCAUCAACAAGUAUUUCAACUUCAGUUAAUACGCCAACUACAAAAUCAAUUGUCAUUAACACGACGGAAAGAGGAUCAACAUUCAAGCCCGCCUCCGAGUGAAAUUGAACAAAACGCUCCGUCGACGCCAGCUCGCUCGCCUUCACCACCGCGUCCGCCACGGGAGCCAUCUCCUGCUGAACCCACUCAUCCUACUAGCCAAAAUUUGCCGUCUACCCACACAAAUCUUACGCCCAAAACGGAACCUAUCUCUGUUCCCAAGCUUCCGACUUCAUCGCCACCAAUGAUGUCCCACCCACCUUACAGCUCCAUAUCUUCCUCUCUAGCAUCUUCAAUCAUUACAAACAACGAUCCUCCGCCAUCUCUUAAUGAACCAAACACUCUCGAAAUGCUUCAAAAACGUGCACAAGAAGUACUAGAUAACGCAUCACAAGGCCUUCUCGCUAAUAAUCUUGCCGAUGAACUAGCUUUUAGAAAAUCUGGAAAAAUGUCACCCUAUGACGGAAAAUCUGGUGGACGCAACGAACCAUUCUUUAAACAUCGCUGUCGAUAUUGUGGAAAAGUUUUUGGAAGUGACUCAGCGCUUCAGAUUCAUAUAAGAUCUCAUACAGGCGAAAGACCAUUUAAAUGUAACGUUUGUGGAUCUCGCUUUACAACGAAAGGAAACCUUAAAGUACAUUUCCAAAGACAUACUUCUAAAUUUCCACAUGUUAAGAUGAAUCCCAACCCUGUACCCGAACAUUUAGACAAGUAUCAUCCACCACUACUAGCACAACUAUCACCGGGGCCGAUACCGGGAAUGCCACCCCAUCCACUUCAAUUUAAUCCAGGUGCACCAGCACCUUUUCCACCAAGCUUGCCAUUAUAUAGGCCACCACACCAUGAUUUACUUCCACCUCGACCUCUUGGAGAUAAACCUCUUUCACAUCAUCCACUUUUCGCGAUGCGAGAAGAACAAGACGUACCAGCAGAUCUCAGCAAACCAUCUGCACCAAGUCCUACUCAGCCUGCAUCUGAGGUUUUUAAAUCCGAACCACAAGAUGAAGAAAGCCAACGUGACUCUAGCUUUGACGAGUCUGAUCGCAUAUCACCUAAAAGAGAACCUGAAGAAAACGAUGCUGGACAAGAUCAAGAACACGAUCGAUAUCCAUCAACAUCGCCCUAUGAUGACUGCAGCAUGGAUUCAAAAUACAGCAACGAAGACCAAAUCGGCAGAGAAAGUCCACAAGUGAAGGCUGAUCCAGACCAACCGGAAAAUCUUUCAAGUAAGAAUUCUACGAUAUCUGGACCAAUUUCAAUAGCAACGGGACUUCGUACUUAUCCUUCUUAUCCAUUGUUUCCACAAUCCCCACCUAGCAGCGUGUCUUCUGAGAGUCUUACUCCGUUUUCAAAUAAUCCUGUCCUUGGAGACACUGAUGUAACACGAGACCCCAUAUUUUAUAAUUCGCUCUUACCGCGUCCAGGUAGCAACGAUAAUUCUUGGGAAAGUUUAAUAGAAAUUACAAAAACAUCUGAAACCUCCAAAUUACAGCAACUAGUUGAUAAUAUUGAUAACAAAGUAUCUGAGCCUAAUGAAUGCAUAGUUUGUCACCGUGUUCUGUCUUGUAAAAGUGCUUUACAAAUGCACUACCGCACACAUACUGGUGAGCGCCCAUUUCGAUGUAAAUUAUGCGGUCGUGCUUUUACCACAAAAGGUAAUUUGAAGACACAUAUGGGUGUACACCGCAUAAAACCUCCCUCACAAUUAUUGCAUCAAUGUCCCGUGUGCCAUAAAAAGUUUACAGAUCCUUCUACGUUACAUCAACAUAUCAGAAUUCAUACGGGUGAACGACUCAAUAACCCUUUCAAUGAAGUUAACGAUAAUAACGCGAAUAGUUGUCAGUCUUAUAACAACGAAUCGGACAUUACAGACUGUUCUUAUCGUCCCAUUCCGGCUCCAAUUUUCCCUACACCUUCCACUCCCGGCGACCGAAGGGCGGACUCCCGCGGGACCGACGAUGAGAGCGGCAGAGAUUCUCGGGAGUUCGAUGAGGACUCAGAUAUAAAAAAUCGUCGAGCUUCGCCGCUCUCCGUCUGCGCCUCGGCGUCCGAAUGCGAAGUAAAAACCAUCACCACAACGGCUUCCCUCCCAUCGGCGACAGGUUCGGAGAGCGGGCGCAGUGCACGGGCCUCCCCACCGUCGCCGUCUCCGUCGGUGCUGUCGACGCCCCCGCGGCUGCCGCAGCACUCGCCGCUGCCUUCGCCGCCGACCCCGCUCGCCGCGCUCGGUGCUCUCGGUGGACCUUUCAGCCCGCUCGGACUCGCUUUCCCUCCCGCAGUGCGCGGAAAUACAACAUGUACUAUCUGCUACAAGACUUUCGCCUGCAAUUCGGCGUUGGAAAUCCAUUACCGCAGUCACACUAAAGAGCGACCAUUCAAAUGCACCGUCUGCGACAGAGGCUUCUCUACUAAGAGCAGUGGCGGCGGUUGCCGGUGUAGGCGCCCACGCGCACCCCGCCCGCCGCACGCCACUGCUUUGGACCUCUGGAACGCCUUCGUCUACCCGGGAAACAUGAAACAGCACAUGUUGACGCACAAGAUACGUGACAUGCCGCCUGGUUUCGAAAAGAGCGUAAGUGGACCAACUGGUCCGCCAAGUGAAGAAGGCCGGGAACCAAGUCCAGACAGACGAUCGUCUCCUGAGAAGAUCGAUUUGAAACGAUCACCCCCCGCCUUACCCCCCGUCACUAUAGCGCACCCACCCCCCAUUGAUAUGCCACCACUGCCUAAAAGACCUACAGUACCUAUAGUACCAAAUCAUCCGCCACCAUCUCAGUCAUCGAAGCACCUUUGCGGAGUUUGUCGCAAAAACUUCUCAUCGUCAUCGGCUUUACAAAUCCACAUGCGCACGCACACCGGAGACAAACCCUUCCGAUGCGCUGUUUGCCAAAAAGCUUUUACCACCAAAGGAAACCUUAAGGUUCACAUGGGCACACACAUGUGGAGCGGAGGUGCGUCUCGUCGCGGCCGUCGUAUGUCCCUGGAACUGCCCCCACGGCCGCUACAUGAGCCUCACGACCUUCUCCGGCGACCUGAUCUCUUCUACCCCUACUUGCCUGCGCCAUUUCUCAAUGGCAUGCAACAAAAACUGAACGAGAUAUCAGUAAUACAGCAACAAAAUGCCGGCCAGAAUGGCGUAGCUGGUAAAUUCCCGGGACUACUUGGUUUCGGAGCUUUUGGAGCUGGAAGACCGGGUGCCGCCUCCCCUCUCGAGAGGCCACCGUCACUCGACGGCGAUGAACGUCAGGCGGCGAUGAGGGAACUCGCUGAGAGAGGCAGGGAGCUCGCUGAACGGAGCCGACAGAUGCGUGAGGAAAAUGAACGGGAGCACUACCGGUCCGCUGGCGGUCAUCCAGCGCAUGCGCCACCGACAGCACAGGCUUCGCCUCCAGCACCACAUAAUCUACCGCAUCCCCUGGCAUCAAUACCGCCGCCCGCGCGCACCGAAGGUCUCACAGUUUAAAUAUAUCGGUAUCCGAUUCAAAUAAAAAAACACAUUCCAGAAAACGACUUCGACAGUGAUCCGAUAAAGUGCUAAAUACGAUGGGUGUUCCGAACAAUAUCCACUUUGGACACGAUUAGCUGCUGGCUUCACGAAACUAGUGUCGUGACGAGUGAUCUAUAAUGACGUUAAGGACAAUUCGAGUGUAGCCAUGUGUACCGAAUAAUUAUUAUGCCUAGUUUAUAUAGGUAACUUAUAUGCAUGAGUACGGGCCUGGGGCAAUCGGGGACUCUCUGAGUCCCAUGUUUAUGUCAUUACUCUGUGAUAGUGCACGAUGUGAGUCUGCGCCAACUAACCGGAGACGAAAUUCGGAUAAGUUACAGUGGAUUCAAAUCUAUCUGGGGCGCAGACUCAUGUGCUAUGACAUCAAAAAAUAUUAUGAAUUAUCCCAAAAAUUAAUUAAAUUCAUAAAUCUAUAUAUCAUUAAUUGUAUAUAAAAUGUAUAAUAGUAUUGUAAUGAACGAAUGAUUAAGUUUAAUAUUAUGGUAUAGACUUAAAUAAUUAUACUAUAUUUAUACUAAACAUAUAAACUGGAGUGCGAUAUGCAUGAUUUUAUCUUGUCACAUUCCAAUGCAAGGAGAUUCUUUAGAAAAUAUGUCCUUCCACUGCAAUCUUCGCAUAUUGGAAACGUUGGUUUUUAAGCUGUACCUAUAUAUAUGAAAUACAAAAAUUCUUUAAGAUUAUCUCGAUGAUUUGAAUCAAAUAAACAGAAUUUUCUCCAGAAUGUAGACGCAGUAAAUCGUUGCUGUCCACGAAUUGUCUUUAGAGAGUACAUACUCUGUGUUCUAUUUAAUUAUUGUAAUAGAAUUAAACGACAUAUUCAUAUCAUGUAAAUUAAAAAAAAAAGUAUUUGCAUUUGAGGUCUACAUAGUUGUAAGUGUUAGAGUCAUAGCUAUAAUAUUGCUUUAGAAUACUUUGACAUAUCUUUGUAAAUGUGAACGACUGGUGGACGUAGAAUGUAGACUUGCCAGUAACAAUGCAGACUGAGAUACGUUUCAAGGGAAACAUUAAUUUCCAUACAUGCAUUUGUCGACGCUUGCGAUGAUUGAACGUUGAUAGAUCAAUUGUUAUUUAUGUGUUCGAUACUUAUUGAUAUAUGUUUUGUAUUUCACUCUAGAUGUGUAUAAGUGUCGCUAAAUUAUUUAUAAACUAUAAAUCAUGCAUACACUCUUAGUAUUAAAGUGACGCUUGCGAGGCUGUAGGCCUCGGGUACAGGAUAGUUGUUAGAGUAAUUCUCAUAGCACCUACAUCUAUUUUCAAGUUGCAAAUAGGUCUAGAGUAGUAUUAGCCAUGAAUAUGAUGUGUCAUGUCCAUGUCAGUAUAAAUAAUCAUUGUAAAUUAUUAAAUGUUUAUGUAAAUGUCCAAAAAGUAUUCAAAUUAUUUAAAAAACAAUUAUACUAAUAACACUUUA